CUGAACACACUCAGAAAGCUUCACCACGAACAACUUUUCAGCAUGAAUUUCUUGGCAAAAUUUUUAAUAGUUAGUGCAGUUGUUGCUUUCAUAGCUGUGAAAUGGACUGCGCCCAGAUUUCAGGAAGAAUCACUCAGAGGGGCUAGGGUCCUGGUAACUGGGGCCAGUAUGGGUAUUGGUGAACAAAUCGCUUAUCACUAUGCCCGUUUUGGAGCCCAGAUAGUAAUAACUGCGAGGAGAGAGAAUGUGCUGAAAGAGGUGGCUGAUAAGUGCUUGAGCUUGGGAGCCCAGAAAGCCCUUUAUAUAGCAGCAGACAUGGCCAGUGACUCAGAGCCUGACAGAGUGAUAAGAUUUACUCUCGACAAGCUUGGAGGGUUGGAUUACCUGGUUCUCAACCACAUUGGGGUCACCCCCUUCUCUAUGUGGGAUGGAGACGUAGACCACAUCAGGUGGCUGAUGAAGGUCAAUUUCUUCAGCUAUGUUCAGAUGGCUUGGGCUGCUUUGCCUUUUCUUGAACAAAGUAAAGGCUCACUGGUGGUAGUUUCAUCUCUUCUAGGUAAAAUAUCCACUCCUUUCACGGCACCUUAUACCUCAACAAAAUGGGCUUUGAAUGGUUUCUUUGGAUCCCUUCGGCAUGAGCUGGCUAUGAAGAAGAGUAAUGUAUCCAUCUCUAUAUGUACACUGGGGAUCAUUGAUACUGAAACGACCAUGAACAAAAUCAGGGGUGUCAUGAAUGUUACAGCGUAUCCAGCCUCAGAAGCAGCCAUGAACAUCAUCGUUACAGGAGCUACGAGACAGUCAGAGCUCUUCUACCCUUGGUUCACACAACUUGUAGUUAUUUCCAAAGACUGGUGGCCUUCCCUCUCAGAUUUUAUCAUCCGCAACUCCUACACCAUCAUCCCGUGAGAAAUGGUGUGUUUAAGGCACCCUAGAAGUGUGAUUAAAAAUACUGUAUAAUUUUUUUAUUUAAUUAACUAAGAAAAGGACAGUGAUCCUUAUUUGUUUUGAUGUCUGUUUUAUUGAAGACAAUAUGAACCCAAGAUAUUUCAUGUUUUGUGUGGUCUUCUUCAUUUAAUUUAUUUAUGUAUAUCCAUUCCUGCACGUCCAUUACGCACGUCAACACAUUCCAAAAAAAGGUGGGUGCUGAAACAUUCACCACUUUGUAAUGAUGCCAUUACUUCUCAUAACACUUAAGAUGGCACCAAGCAGAUGUACAAUAAUGCAGAAAGGAUGGCAGAAAAAUGCACAAAUAGUACCAAAAAUGCACAUUAGUGGCAUCAGCCAUGUUAACAGGACAAAGUGAAUGUCACGUGACAUAGAAUCCACCAAUGAAAUGACAAGGAUCUAUUUAGGCGUCUCAUGAAACAGUUUGCUACUG